AUGUCAGGCUUCAGAGCUGAGAUUUUUGCCAAGGACGCACAUCUGCCUGCCCUGACCACCGUAGAUGCGAAAGUGGUUGCUGCCUUUAACCGAACUUCUUCCAAGGCCGAGGACUUUGCUACCCAUGCCAAACAGUCUGGCCACGAAGUCACCGUCGAGCCCACCUUCGAUGCUUUGCUCAAGAACCCCAAGGUCGAUGUAGUUGAUAUGCUCCUCCCCGUGCAGCACAACUACGCCAACCUCAAGCUUGCCCUGGACGCUGGCAAGCCCGUGUCGUUCGAGAAGCCCAUUGCUGCUUCUCUGGACGAGGCCAAGAAGGUCGUUGAACUCACUGACGCUUCUCCCAUCCCUGUCAUUGUUCUCGAGCAGUACGUCUACCACAAAGGUGUUGCCAAGGUCCAGGAGUUGAUCUCCAAGAUCGGAAAGCCCGUCUCUUUUAUCUUCCAGGGAACCGGAGCCUACAACCCUUCCAACAAGUACGCUGCCACCGCCUGGAGACUCAACCCAGAGCACGUUGGAGGCUACCUUUCUGACGGAGGUGUUCACCAGGUCACCGUCGUCACCGAGUGUCUCCAGAGCAAGGUUGCCCAGGUUAAUGCCUACACCACCCAGCUGAGAGAGACUUCCGGAGAUGUCGAUGUUCUGUCAGCCUCCUUCAAGUUCGAGAACGGUGUGUUUGGAACCUUCACCUACGGAUCUACUUUCGGAGCCAUCAAGAAGACCAACUCUCUGCAGAUCUUCGGUACCGAGGGCUCUAUUAUCUACGACUGGUCCCCUGGCUCUCCCGACACUGUCACUCUGCAGGUUGGUCCAGACUCCAACAACAUGGGCGAGCCCCAGGUCUUCACCGUCGAGGAGUCUAAGCACUUCUCCGUCGACUCGGAGUUCAAGAAUUUCUUCGAGGCUGUGGAGAAGAAGGACAAGUCUCUUGUUGUCAGCAACCCCCGAAAGGCCUUCCACCAGUUUGCCGUCAUUGUGGCCUGUGUCGAGUCUUCCAAGAAGGACGGCCAGCAAGUCAAGGUUGCCCAACUCGAUUAA